AUGAGUGACCUUGUGGUUCCUCCGGAUUACGAUGGACUAUGGAGUCGUGAAAUUUGGUUACAAAAUCAGACCAAUCUUCAAGCGAUCCGUCCAUUUAUCUCCGCGGUUGACUUUACUAUUCCAUCCGGGCCCUCAAACGACUUGCAAUCACAUGAAAAUGACGCGGCCAAAAUCUACGGGCGGAUAACCAUUCCUGUUCUAGCUCAAAAUGCUACUUUUACAGAGGAUAACGAGAAUUGGAACGCAUUGACGGCCUUCGCGCCAACUCUCGAAAAGUUUCUUUGUAUGGCUUCCAAAGUUUUGAGGCAAGAUCUAGAGGAAAUUUUGCCAAGACCUCAAGGCAGAACUCAGAGUGACUAUAAAGCUGCUCUUGAGAUUUGCCAGCGUGCUCUACCCGCUGAUCAAGGUGGAAUGCCUUUUAGUGACGAAAUACGUAGUGUUAAUUGCUUUUCUCAUGUUCGAAUAUCGGCAAAUAUCUCGAUGGGAAACCCCUGGGAGAAACUCAAACCAGAUACAGAUACCGGAGCUUGUGGGCCUUGGGUCGUGGUAGUUCCAUGGGGUCAAUGGGGCGUCUCUGGUGAUUGGCUAUAUGGGGGAAGAAUGGUGACCCCCCAUUACAGGAAUCAGGGGUCGUAUCCCGGCAGUUCAUUCCAGGUGCGGAAAGAAAAGUAUGUUCAUAAUACCCCAUUUCUCCCGAUUCCGGGUAACGAAAGGUAUCAAUUCGAAUUUUUCAUGCCGCACCUUCCCGAACAUAACGGGGAGGAUUAUGAGAGAAUGGCGGAAGAAGAAAAGGAAUUGUCAACAAAUUGCCCGCCGAUGAGAAAUCCUGAUAGGUUUGGAGGAACUACGCACUAUGCUGCGAUGGCGUGCCAAAAUGGUAUCCCUAGUUUCCCGCGAAUUCCUCCAGCCAAUGGGGUAACACCAACAGGCUCCCAUCUCGGCUUGUAA